UCGAAAGGCUUAGGGGGCUGGAUCAGCAAGACAAGUUGCGAAUGGGGCGUUUUUUACGGUCUGUAAGGGUUCUACAAACGGGGUUGAAGGAGUUAGCAACCAAACGGCAUAGCGACAUGGGGGGGAUGUUGCGCUUUGGGCGAAACCUACCUUUCUGUCUUUUCUUCGUCUCUUUUUUCUUCUUUCUUUUUUUUGCUGUACGAUUCUACGAUCACCACCCAUACCAAUAAAUUACCUUAUGUGGAGGUUAGCCGGAGGCGGAAGUAGUAGAUCGGGCGGACGGACGAUCGUUCUCCUUUUCUUAGUAUAUUCAAUAUUUAUUGUUGAUAUUACCAGUGGUGUGGUAUACCCUAGGUAUCAGACUGAAUUUUGUGUUGGGAAUCGAGGUGUGCCGCGGUGUGUCGUGAGGUCACCUACAAUCAGCUUUCAAGGUUAUUUGUUCAAUCAUUGUAUGGAGAGAGCAACAUGUGUUUUGGAGGAGAUUGUGUGUGUGGAUUUCCAUAAUUCGCCCCGAACGCCCAGUACAUACAUUACAGCCAAGAGCCGUUAUCCGACGUCGUUGUUCGUCAAGACGCCAUUCAUUACACGCCAAACAAGCCAGCAUCCGUGCAAACAUGCCCAAAUAGAGAAGAUUAGUUCCCAAGCUAGGUAGUAGAAGGAAAAAGAAAUUCAAAGCCGCCGUCGGACAGAGAAGAAAACUGGCGCUUGAGCCACGAGUCGGCCUUACGGGCCUUGGAGGCGGCCUUCUUCUUGGCGAG